AUGCCGAUAUCUCCGCAGCCCACGCGCGUCGACAUACGCCGUCGCUCCACGAUGAGAAAGACCGAAUCCAACGGUCCCACCAUCUCUUCCACCACCUCUACCGCAUCCGCCAUCCUCUCCACUACGGCGCCAGAAUGGCUGCUCAUCCUCAGCCUCAUCUUCGGUGGCUGCUGCUCCAACGCCUACACACUCGAACUCGCUACUCGCCAACUCCCCUCGGCUGGAACACUCAUAACGUUCGCCCAAUUCCUCGUAACCACUCUUUCCUCUUUACCCUACUUUGUUCGCUUCUCUCGGCAUUUCCCAUUCGUCGGCUUUAAACCACGAGCAGUGCCGCUAUACAGGUGGAUCGUUCAAGUCGCUUUUUACUUGAGCACGAGCUUGUUGAACAACAUGGCGUUUGCGUACGACGUACCUAUGCCGGUCCAUAUCGUCUUUCGAUCCGGUGGAUUGGUGAUCAACAUGAUCCUGGGAUGGUUGGUACAGAAGAGAGAGUACACAAAAUUGCAGGUGGCUUCUGUCGUGUUGGUCACGCUGGGAGUAGUGAGCAGUACACUCUAUUCCACCAGCACCAAAGCCGUUGCAGACGUUGGCGCGGCGACACCGGAUGCAGGCGAGUACCUGACCGGUGUCUUGUUGCUCUUCUCCGCGCUCGUGCUGACAGGACUAAUGGGGCUGUGGCAGGAACAAACUUUCAAGCUGUACGGGAAUCAGAAUUGGAGGGAAUCCAUGUUUUACUCUCACCUACUUUCGCUGCCCAUGUUCGCACUCAGGCCAGAGAGCUUGAUUAGAGACAUAAAACACGCCAACGCUACUACGCCUUGGUGGUUUGGUUUCGGCCCACCUACACAUCUCCCCUCGACCAAGAUGCCAACUUCCAACCUCAUGAACCGAUUCAUCGCCCUCAUCGCUCCAUCCACUCUCUCCACCGCCCAUCGUCACGAUUCAACCCGAGAACGAAUCUUCAACCUCUCCCACAUCCCCCCCUUCUCACACCUCCAACCGUACCUACCAUCAAACACAGGGCUGUGGAUACCCAGCUUCUACCCACCUCUGCUUCUCAAUGUCGCCACCCAACUGCUUUGCAUCAACGGCGUCAAUCGGCUCACCUCAAAAGUCAGCAGUCUCUCAGUUACGCUCGUGCUCGUGCUCAGAAAGGCGGUUAGCCUCCUGGUCAGCGUCAUGCUCGUUGAAAGGUCGACCGGCUCCUUAGGGCUCUGGUGCGGUGCUGCUGCAGUGCUGGCCGGUACGAUCGGCUAUUCCGUUUCCAAACCGGCCAAGCUUGCGUCGGAAAGAGCACAAAACAAGAACAAGACACAAUAG